GCCAUUGUACUGUACCCGUUCAGACGCCCUUGAAUGAUGAUGACCCAUUGUCCCUCUAGAGCAGAUGUUAAUACGCAGGACUUUCUGCUCAUGGGGGCAGCAGCAAUCUCUUGCGGAGAAACUGUGGGCGCUUUCCAUGGAAGGCCGCCUCGACGAGGUCAUUCGAAUCCUUCGCCAAACCCCAGACUCAGCCCGCCAACUUUUGACCUCCGAAACAUACCUCCCGCUCAUCAGAUGUUGCAUUAAAUUCAAAGCCUUUGCUCAGGGCAGAGAGAUCCAUAAACACAUCGUUGAUAGCGGCAUCAGACCUGAUGUAGUCAUACUGAACAAUCUGAUGAUGUUGUAUUCGAAAUGUGGGAAUCUCGAGGUUACCCGCCAAGUGUUCGAGGGGAUGGCCGAACGAAACCUCUUCUCUUGGACUGCAAUGAUUGGGGCAUAUUCCAACUCUGGUUAUUCGCUCAAAGCCUUCAAGUCUUAUGAGCAAAUGAUUUUGGCAGGAUUUAGAGCAGAUCACUUCCUUUAUCCUCUGGUUUUGAAGUCCUGUUCAGGAAUGAAGGCUUUAGGGAGAGGGCAACGGGUUCAUGCGGAUAUCAUAAGAAGUGGCUUUCAGUGGGAUUUGGUCGUAAUGAACUCUCUCGUAGACAUGUAUGCCAAAUGUGGAAAUGUUGGAGAUGCCAAAAGAACUUUCGACGAAAUGGCUGUCAGGGAUAUUUUUGCUUGGACUUCGAUGAUUGUUGGCUACACCCAGAUGGGCCAUGGUCUACAAGCAUUGGAACUGUUCAAAGGAAUGAUGCUUUCGGGGGUUAAACCUUGUUCAGCCACUUUAGCGGGGAUUUUGCCUAUUUUUUCUGAUCUGGGUUCACUAGAACUUUCGAAACAGAUUCAUGGAUUGGUUAUUAUAAGUGGGUUUGAGUAUGAAAAAUUUGUUGGAACUUCUCUUAUCGAUAUGUAUGCAAAUUGUGGUGGUCUGGGGUAUGGCCGCCUCAUAUUUGAUAGAGUAAAGGACAAGGAUGUUGUUUGUUGGAACACCAUGAUCAAGGGUUAUGCUCAGGUGGAUCUCUUUGACGAGGUUCUUGAAUUAUUGAGAUGGAUGGAUAAAGAUGGGAAAAUUCCAAAUAAAACAACAUGGGAUUGCAUUAUUUCACAUUUUCUCCAAAGAGGACAGCCUGUAGAAGUUCUUUUCAGUCUGGUCAACCAAUUGGAGCAGAAUGGUAUGAUGUUAAAUGUAAUGUCAUUAACAUUAUUAGAUCAACUGUGUGAACAAGUAGAAGAUAUCAAACAAGUAAACGAACUCCAUGGGCACCUAAGCAGGGAUGGGUAUAUCUUGGGGAGUAUUGUGGCAUCUUGCCUUAUACGCAUGUACUCGAAAUGUGGAGAUCUUGAAGCUGCUCAAGAAGUUUUUGAUUGCAUCAGGUCAAAGGAAUUGGAUUGUUGGAACUCUAUUAUUGCUUGCUUUGCUUACAAUGGUUAUGCCAAUAAAGCAUUGGAACUUUUCGAUUCAAUGCGUAAGAACUGCAUGAAACCUAAUGUCCACAGCUGGAAUACUGUAAUUGCUGGAUUCAUUGAUGUUGGCGAUUUUGAGACUGCUUUGGAGACCUUUACUUCUAUGAAGUGGUCAAACCAGAAGCCUAACCCAACGAGUUUUGAUAUUAUUCUUCCAGUAAUUGGCAGUUCUUCUUGUUCAGUAAUAGGGAAGCAAUUACACUGCAUGUUUCUUAGAAAUGAUUGUGAGAUGAGCAGAUUUGUCUGCACAGCAUUCAUUAACAUGUAUGGAAACUGUAGAAAUGUAGAUUAUGCAAUUAAUCUGUUUGAGUCAAUAGAUGAUAAGGAUUUGGUGUCAUGGAACGCAAUCAUAUCAGCUCUUGCAAAGAAUGGAUAUCUCAAUGAGGCUUCAAGAACCUUCCAUGAAAUGAAAAUGGCAGGGGUAUCUGCCAACAUAAUCACUUGGACUGCAUUGGUUUCAGGUUAUGCACAGAAUGGGGAAGUUGAUGAAAGUUUUAAGCACUUCUGUGAGCUUCAGUUGGAAGGACUAAAACCCAAUUCCAUUACAAUUGCUAGCAUCCUUCCAGCAUGUGCACAAUCAGCUACUCUAUCCCAUGGAAAAUCCAUUCACUGUUACAUCAUAAGAAGUGGGCUUCACUAUGACGAUCUAUUUAUCGCAAAUGCACUUAUAGACAUGUUUGUUAAAUGUGGAUGCAUGGAGUAUGCAGAACGAGUGUUCAGGAUUCUGCAUUGGAAAGAUGUAGUCUCAUGGAACACAAUGAUCCAGGGAUUUUCAGUGCAUGGAAAGGCAGAAUCUGCUCUCACUUUGUUUAGCCAGAUGUUAGCGGAUAGAGUGGACCCUGAUGGUGUCACUUUUGUUGGGGUUCUCUCUGCAUGUAGUCAUGCUGGGCUGGUUGAGGAGGGAUGGAAACAUUUUAACAGCAUGAAUGCCAGUUAUGGAAUUGUGCCAAGUGGGAAGCACUAUGCUUGCAUGGUUGAUCUCCUUGGGCGUAAGGGCCACUUUGAGGAUGUUAGAAAUUUCAUUCUUCAGAUGCCGCUGCAACCCACUGCAAGCCUUUGGGGUGCUCUUCUUUCUGCCUGCAAGACCCAUGGAAAUGUGGAAAUGGCUGAGUAUGCAAUGGACCAUCUCAUAGAGCUACAGCCUCAGAAUCCAGGGAACUAUGUGAUAUUAUCAAAUAUUUAUGCAAAUGCUGGGAGAUGGAAUGAUGUUGAUCAUGUGAGGAAAUUGAUGGUUGAUCAUGGAGUCAGGAAGCUGCCUGGUUGUAGUUGGAUUGAGAUUGGAAGCUCCAUUCAUGCCUUUACAGUUGAAAACACAUGGAACGAAGAUAUGAAUCAGGAAAUAAACAAAAUGCUGUUAGAUUUGGCAGCUGUGAUGAUCGAAGAAAGGUUUGUCCCUCAAAUAAACACAAUCGGUUUUACAUGAAAUCGGAAAUGGAGCACGGUUCAGUUUACUCCAGUGAGGAGAUGCGAGCAUAAAACUCAGCUUUUACAUAAAGAUGGCGUGAGUGUAAGGAACAAUAUUGAAACCCCAAGCUAUUAUGCUUAUUAUCCAUGUUGAGAAACACAUAAUCUGUGAUUAGAUUGAUAGAAUGAUUUUUUUAAGCAAUAAAUAUUAUAUGCAUUACUCCCCUUGGAUUGAGAUUGGUAGCCAAUGGUCAGAUCCAUUUGGCACUUACCCUAUCCCCUCUCACCCCUUCCUCUAUCUAAAUUUCGUAAUUCCUGAUGCAUCGCUCGUGAAGAUAAAGGAGCUCUCGGUUCCCUUCCCUACCCUUCCCUCUUUACUGACUCCUCUUCGUUUAACUUAAAGUCACCAAGUCCCUAGGUUACCUCCUCAUCUUCAAUUCUCUCAAUUUUUCCGCAUUUUGUCUCUAAUUGGUGAAGUCUUCUUAUAUUCUCUCGACCCAAAUUUUGCAAGCUGCAUUACGUGAAACAGGCCACCCUUGACUUCCCAUUCCGAUGCUCAUAUGGUAGUACAGAGACUAGAAGAUUUUAAUGUCUUCAACUAUGGAUCAAUAGGAGAUCUCAAGGAAUAUGAAGGUCAUUAAAGAUAAUCAUCUCUUACCAUGUGCUGACCAGAACGUAGCAGAACUGGUAAGCUUCAUUCAUGAAAUUGAAUUUUUCCCACUGGAUACUCUGAAUCAGCCAAGUAAAUUUAUUUCAGUUUGAUGUGCUUCUUAUGAAUGUUCUGCUAACCCUCUCCCCCCCCCCCCCCUUUUCCUGUUUGUUUGUAUCC